AUGGGGCUGUUUGACCGAGGUGUUCAAAUGCUUUUGACUACUGUUGGUGCUUUUGCUGCCUUCAGCCUAAUGACUAUAGCUGUGGGAACCGACUACUGGCUCUACUCCAGGGGGGUCUGCAAGACCAAAAGUGUCAGCGAGAAUGAAACCAGCAAAAAGAACGAGGAAGUUAUGACCCAUUCUGGAUUAUGGAGAACCUGCUGCCUAGAAGGAAACUUCAAAGGUCUGUGCAAGCAAAUCGAUCACUUCCCAGAGGAUGCGGACUACGAAGCCGACACAGCAGAAUAUUUCCUCCGGGCCGUGAGAGCCUCGAGCAUCUUCCCAAUCCUCAGCGUGAUUCUGCUUUUCAUGGGUGGGCUCUGCAUUGCAGCCAGCGAGUUCUACAAGACUCGGCACAACAUCAUCCUGAGUGCCGGCAUCUUCUUCGUGUCCGCAGGUCUGAGUAACAUCAUUGGCAUCAUAGUGUACAUAUCUGCCAAUGCCGGGGACCCCUCCAAGAGCGACUCCAAAAAGAACAGCUACUCGUACGGCUGGUCCUUCUACUUCGGGGCCCUGUCCUUCAUCAUCGCCGAGAUGGUCGGGGUGCUGGCGGUGCACAUGUUUAUCGACCGCCACAAACAGCUGCGGGCCACGGCCCGCGCCACGGACUACCUCCAGGCCUCGGCCAUCACCCGCAUCCCCAGCUACCGCUACCGCUACCAGCGCCGCAGCCGCUCCAGCUCGCGCUCCACCGAGCCCUCCCACUCCAGGGACGCCUCGCCCGUGGGCAUCAAGGGCUUCAACACCCUGCCGUCCACCGAGAUCUCCAUGUACACGCUCAGCAGGGACCCGCUGAAGGCCGCCACCACGCCCACCGCCACCUACAACUCGGACAGGGACAACAGCUUCCUCCAAGUCCACAACUGUAUCCCCAAGGAGAGCAAGGACUCGCUACAUUCCAACACAGCCAACCGCAGGACCACACCCGUCUGA